AUGUCCAUCAGGAAAAGGGAAAGAGACGGGGGCAAGAUGGUGGCGCGAGGGGGUGAGCUGAGAACGGGAACGUCCGCUUCACCCCCCGACCUGUUCCCCGACCGACCGUCUGGCAGUGGGACGCCACCGGGGGCUGAAGCAGAAGAGAGACGCGCCCCCCUCCCCGAGCUCCGGCUGGUUCUGCUGGGCAGGAAGGGGGCGGGGAAAAGCUUGGCAGGCAACACCAUCCUGGGGGGAGGGAGGUUCGCCAGCGGCAAGCCGACGGAGGAGUGCGUGGGGAGGCGGGCGGACGUGGCGGGGCGUCAUCUGGUGGUGGUGGACACGCCCGGGUGGGAGUGGUACUACCCGCUGAACGGCACGCCGGAGUGGGUGCGCUGGGAGACAGGGCGCAGCGUGACGCUCUGCCCGCCCGGGCCCCACGCGCUGCUGCUGGUGGUGCGGGGCUGCGCCGCCGUGGAGGAGUGCUACCGCCGCGAGAUCGAGGAGCACGUGCAGCUCCUCGGGGAGGGGGCCUGGAGGCACACCCUGCUCCUCUUCACCUGGGGGGAGGCGCUGGGCGACACCCGCGUGGAGCAGAGGAUCGAGAAGGGGGGUGCAGACCUCCGGCGGCUGGUGGAGCGGUGCGGGAACAGGUGGCACGUUUUCAGCAACACCACCAGGGGGGACAGCAGUCAGGUCGCACAGCUCCUGCAGAAGGUCGAGGCGAUGGUGGCGGGGAACGGGGGGGCUCACCUGGGGACGGACCAGGUGCGCAGGCGUCUGGAGCUGGAGGCCAGGAGGCGGCCGGGGGAGCAGAGGAGGAGGCAGAGGCUGCUGGAGGCGCAGAGGCAGAGGGAGUCACUGCGAGGCCUCAUCAUGGGUGAUGGAGCCACAGCCUCGGGGAGAGCGGACAGAGGGGCAGUCUCUACGCGCCCGCGGCGCCUGGCGGACCUGCGGCUGGUGCUGCUGGGAGAGCGGGAGACGGGGAAGAGCUCGGCGGGAAACGCCAUCCUGGGCGGGGCUCACUUCCUGCCGGGGAGAGUGACGGAGGAGUGCGUGAAGUGUGCGGGCGAGGUGGCGGGGAGGCGGGUCACCGUGGUGGACACGCCCGGCUGGGAGUGGGACACCGUGGGCAGCACCCCGGAGAGGGUCCGACAGGAGGUCCUGAGGAGCGUCUUCCUGUGCCCCCCGGGGCCCCACGCCCUCCUGCUGGUCAUUGGCGUGGACACACACAUCGCCACGGCGCCCGUGAGGGAACACCUGGAGCUCCUCGGGGACGAGGUCUGGAGACACGCCCUCGUGCUGUUCACCAGGGCGGACAAACUGAGGGAGGGCGUGACCAUCGAGCAGCACGUCCAGCGGGCUGAGCACGCUCAGUGGCUCAUGGACAGGUGCGGGAACAGGUACCACGUCAUCGACAGCACGGACCUGAGCACCACGGCGCAGGUGACCGAGCUGCUGGAGAAGGUGGAGGGCAUGGUGGUGGCUAACGGGGGGGAACCGUUUUUACCCAUGACACAGGACAUCAAACAGCUGAUCCGACAGAAGGAGGCCAAGUUCAAGCAGACGGUGGAAGACCUGAAGGAAAAACACCUGCGGCGGGAGAGACAGAAGGAGCUGGAGCUAAGGGAGAGGGAGAGGGAGAUGAGGAAUAGAUGGAUUUUUGACAGGAAAAACAAGGAACGGGAUAAAGGGGCAGGGAAACCGGAGGUGGGCAAUGAGGAAGAGGAGGAGGAGAAAAGGAACGAAAGGAGAGAGAGAGAAAUGAGAGAGCUCGCUGAAAUGUAUGACAGAAGGUUAAAGAGACUCUCGGAGGAGCAUGAAAGAGACCUGCAAGAGCUGAGUGAGAGAAACGAUAGACUCGCUGCAAUGCUGGAGGAGGAAUAUAAGCAAAGAGAGGAGGAGAUCCGGACAGAAAGCGAGGUGAGAUUAGAGGAGAAAGAGAGGGAGGUUGAGGCACUGAAGGAGGAGAUUGAAGGUGUUAAUCUAGAGAGAGAAAGAGAGAUGGUUCAAGAGAGAAUAACCUGGGAGGAGGAGAGGAGGGAGAUGCAACAGAACAGCACAAAAGAAAUAGAGGAGCUGAAAGAAAGGAUGGAGGAGGAAAAGAAAAAGAACGCAGAUCUGACAGAGAACAUUGAAGCGACGAGGAAGGAGAUGGAUGACUUGAGACAACUGUGUGAUCAGCGGGAGGCUGCGAAAGAGAGAGAAACUGAAAUAAAGAUCGGGGAAAUAGAGAAAGAGCAGAGAGAGCAGUAUGAAAAGCAAGAGAAGGAGAUGAAAGCAUUGAGAGAAAUCAUUGAGCAGAAAAAUGCAGAAAUAGAAGAAAUCAAUCGAUUGAAACGAGAGCAAGAGACAGAGUUGGAGCAAAUGAAGGAGAGGCACAGCAACAUUCAGGAAAACAUAAAGGAUCUGGGAGACCAAAACAACAGGAAGGAUACCCUGAUCGAAGAAACCAAAGAACAAAUACAGGAGAUGGAAGCAAAGAUUGAAGACUUACAACACAGGAAUAGUAAGAAAGAAAAAGAAAUAUAUAAUUUGGAACAAAUGAACGAAGAGAAAAACAGGGAAUUGGAAGACUUAAGGCGCAAUAUUGAGGAGAGAAACAAAGAGAUUGAAUUGUUGCAGGAGAAUUUUAAAGACAAUCAGAGACAGAUGACGAAGUCGUGGGAAUCAAAAUGUGAAAAGUUGAAGAAGGAGAUGGAGGAGUCAAAAAAGAGGAACGAGCAGAAUCUGAAAAAGAUGGAGGCAGAGAUGGAGACCAUUUUAAACAUGAAAGAUGAAGAAAUGAAUGAUCUUAAACGAAAGUGUGACGACAGUGAGAAAACCAUAGUUUGCAUCACAGAGGAGUACAAGGACAGCUGCAUAAAAGUGAAGGAACUGCAGGAUCUGAACCUGGAGAGAAAGAGUGAGAUGGGGGAGAUCAGAAGGAGGUGUGAGGAGUAUAGGAAGGAAACAGAGAAACUGAGAGAAAAGGUUGCUGAGAAAGAGAGGGAAAUGGAUGAACUGAGAAACAUCAUUGAGAAGAGAGAGAAGGAAACGGCGAUCUCUCUACAGAAGUCUGAGGAGGAACAAAAACAUAGAGAAGAGGAGUGGAGAGAGGAGUAUGAAAAGAUGGAGAAGGAGAUGGAGGCACUGAAGAAGCUGAACCUGGAGAGAAACAGAGAGGAGAAAGAGAGAGAGCGAGAGCUGGAGAUCACAGAGCUCCACCAGAGAAACGAGAAGCAGAAGAGAGAGAUGGAGGAAAUGAGUGAGAAGAAAGACAAGGAGAUGGAAGCCAUAAAACAGAGUUACGAAGAGGAACUGAGGAAGAUGCAGGUGGAGCUGACGCUGAAGAGUGAGGAGAUGGAGAGAGAGGCAGAGAAGAGCAGGCAAAGCUAUGAAGAGAAACUAAGAGAGGAAAGAGCACAGCUUGAGAUGAAAGACAGAAGGAUUGCAGAGCUGAUGCUACAAGCAGAGGAAAAUGAGAGAAGAGCAGCAGCAGCAGAACAGAGUUUGAAAGAUGAGCUGAGAAAGAGAGAAAAUGAAAUCCAGGAGAAAGAGAAGCAGGUUUUAGAGGUGACAGAAAAAUCUGAAUGCAGUGAAAGAGAGAUGAAAGAGAUGAAGGACAAGCUUGAGCAGGUAAUGAAGGAUAACACAGACCUGAGGGAGAAAAUGUGUCACACUGUGAAAGAGAAGGGUGUGUUACAGCAACAAUGUGAGGAGAAAGAAAUAAAGACCAGAGAGAGUAAAGAGCAGAUGGAAAAGAUGAAGUGUGAAUUUGAAAAAUUACAACAGAGGAACUCUGACAAAGAGAGAGAGAUGGUUGAGUUGAGAAAUACCAUUGAGAGGGAGAGGAAAACAAGAGUUUCUCUACAGAAGACUGAAGAACAACAAAAACAGAGAGAAGAGGAGUGGAAAGUGAAGUAUGAAAAGAUGGAGAAGGAGAUGGAAGAAACCAAACAGGUGAACGAGAAGAAGAUGAAAGAGAGAGAGAAAGAGACUGAGGUAAAAGAAAGACAAUUUAAUGAACUGCAUCAAAAGUGUGAAGACAGCGAGAGACGUAUAGUUUCCAUCACGCAGAAGUAUGAGGAUGUCUGCAGGAGAACAGAGGAACUGCAGGAUCUGAACAGUGAGAUGGAGGAGAUCAGAAGGAGGUGUGAGGAGUACGAGAAGGAAACAGAGAAACUGAGAGAAACGGUUGCUGAGAAAGAGAGGGAAAUGGAUGAACUGAGACACAUCAUUGAGAGGAGAGAGGAGGAAACGGCGAUCUCUCUACAGAAGUCUGAGGAGGAACAAAAACGCAGAGAAGAGGAGUGGAGAGAGGAGUAUGAAAAGAUGGAGAAGGUGAUGGAGGCACUGAAGAAGCUGAACCUGGAGAGAAACAGAGAGGUGGAGGAGAUCAGGAGGAGCUGUGAGGAGUACAGCAGGGAAAUAGAGAAUCUGAGAGAAAGGGAUGAGAGAAGAGAGACAGAGAUGAGUGAACUGAGAGAGAAAGAGAGAGAAAGUGAAAUAAAGAUCGGGGAAAUACAAAAGGAGAUGGAGGAGAUUAAAAUUCAGAAUGAGAAAAGAGAGAAGGACAGAGAGAAAGAGCAGAGAGAGCAGUAUGAAAAGCAAGAGAAGGAGAUGAAAACCUUGAGAGAAAUCAUUGAGCAGAAAAAUGCAGAAAUAGAAGAACUCAAUCGAUUGAAACGAGAGCAAGAGACAGAGUUGGAGCAAAUGAAGGAGAGGCACAGCAACAUUCAGGAAAACAUAAAGGAUCUGGGAGACCAAAACAACAGGAAGGAUACCCUGAUCGAAGAAACCAAAGAGCAAAUACAGGAGAUGGAAGCAAAGAUUGAAGACUUACAACACAGGAAUAGUAAGAAAGAAAAAGAAAUAUAUAAUUUGGAACAAAUGAAUGAAGAGAAAAACAGGGAAUUGGAAGACUUAAGGCGCAAUAUUGAGGAGAGAAACAAAGAGAUUGAAUUGUUGCUGGAGAAUUUUAAAGAUAAUCAGAGACAGAUGAGUAAGUCAUGGGAAUCAAAAUGUGAAAAGUUGAAGAAGGAGAUGGAGGAGUCAAAAAAGAGGAAUGAGCAGAAUCUAAAAAAGAGAGAGGCAGAGAUGGAGACCAUUUUAAACAUGAAAGAUGAAGAAAUGAAUGAUCUUAAACGAAAGUGUGACGACAGUGAGAAAACCAUAGUUUGCAUCACAGAGGAGUACAAGGACAGCUGCAUAAAAGUGAAGGAACUGCAGGAUCUGAACCUGGAGAGAAAGAGUGAGAUGGAGGAGAUCAGAAGGAGAUGUGAGGAGUAUAGGAAGGAAACUGAGAAACUGAGAGAAACGGUUGCUGAGAAAGAGAGGGAAAUGGAUGAACUGAGACACAACAUUGAGAAGAGAGAGGAGGAAACGUCGAUCUCUCUACAGAAGUCUGAGGAGGAACAAAAACACAGAGAAGAAGAGUGGAGAGAGGAGUAUGAAAAGAUGGAGAAGGAGAUGGAGGCGCUGAAGAAGCUGAACCUGGAGAGAAACCGAGAGACGGAGGAGAUCAGGAGGAAGUGUGAGGACUACAGCAGGGAAAUAGAGAAUCUGAGAGAAAGGGAUGAGGCGAAAGACAAGGAGAUGGAAGAAGAAGCAGGAGCAGCAGAGCACAGUUUGAAAGAUGAGCUGAGAAAGAGAGAAACUGAACUCAAGAAGGAGAUCAAGGAGAAAGCUGAGGAGAUAGAGAAGCUCAGGGAAAGGGAUGAAUAUCAUGAAAGAGCAAUGAAGGAAUUGAAGGAGAGGAUGGAGCAGUAUGAGGACACCUACAGGAGAUUAGAGGAACUGCAGGAGCAGGACCUGGAGAGAAACCGAGAGAUGGGGGAGAUCAGGACAAGGUUGAGUUCGGAAAGCAGACCAGGAGAGAUGGCCGUUCCAGCAGCCCCACAGAGUCCCGGUGUGACCGAGCUCAGGCUGGUUCUGCUGGGGAAGACCUGGGCCAUCAACAGCUCAGCCGGGAACGCCAUCCUGGACAGAGGGGGGGUCGGAGUGGAGGAGGGGGUGCUGAGGAGGGGUCGGGCAGGUGGGAGGGAGAUCACUCUGGUCAACGUUUUGGGAGGGAAACAGGACUCCAGGCCUGAAGAAAUGGAGGCGCGGAUCCUGCGCAAUAUGUCCCUGUGCCCUCUGGGUCCCCACGCCUUCCUUCUGGUCAUCCCCACGUAUUUGUCUUUCACCGAGAGCUACAGGAGGGAGGUGGAGCGUGCCAUGGGCCUGCUGGGGGAGGGGGCCUGGAGGCGGGCGGUGGUGCUGUUCACCUGGGCGGAGGCUCUGGGGGAGAGCGUCCAGCAGCACAUCUUGAGGAGGGAGGAGCUGCGCUGGCUCCUGCACAGGUGUGGCAACAGGUGCCACGCCCUGGACAGCCGGGGGAACGCCACGCAGGUGUCCCAGCUGCUGCAGACGGUACAGGAGCUGGUGGCAGCAAACAGAGGCGGCUCCUACAGCGGCCGCGUGACUGAGGAAGAGGAGGGGGUGUGA